CGCCGCCGCCGCCGGCCGGACUUCCUCGACCUGAAGCCGCCGAGGCCCGAGGCGCCGACCACCGCCCAACUCCCGCUUCAUCCUCGACGGCUCGAGCUCGACGCCUCGACCCCAAGCUGCGCCUGAACGGCUUCAUCCUCGACGGCCACUCCGCAUGGAAUCUGCUGUGCAAGGGAAGAGUAAUGAAAGUGAGGGGACUGAUUCAGAGAGUAAUUCAUUUGACAAGAAUGAUGAGAUGUCUGAGGAUGACUUGAUAGUGCUAGGUGGGAAAGGUGCUGCUGAAUCUGAUGGUGGAAGUGGAAAAGGAGGCAAGAAAAGGCGCAGGGGGGUGAAGAAGAAGGUUAAGGUGCAAGGGGAAGGGGGCAGCAGGAACAAAUCCAAAGUUUGGGAUGUCUUUGAUAAGGUGACUAUGCCAGAUCCGAAUGAGAAGGGAAAAGUGUUAUCAAAGGCAAAGUGCAAAUACUGUAAGAAGAUGUAUGCUUACAUACAAGGGUCAACAACGUCGACAUUAUCAAGGCACAUGAAGAAUUGUGACAUGUACAAGAAACAUAUAGCAGAGAAGCUAGAUCAAAAACUUUUGAGCUUUGCUCCUUCAAAGGCAGGUGAAUCUGGUUCUAGUCUCCCUACUAUCACGUCUCCAAAAGAUUAUAAUCAUGAUCAAGUUAAGAAAUUAAUUGCCAAGAUGAUUAUAGUUCAUGAGUACCCAUUUAGGAUGGUUGAGCACACAUGGUUUAACAUUGUCAUGACUUAUUUGAAUCCUCUAUACCAGUUUAUUGGUAGGAAGACCAUAAAAGCUGAAUGCUUGAAAGUGUUUGAGUCUGAAAAAGAAGCACUAGCAAAGAUCAUUAAAGGUGUGGAUUUCAUUUCCUUAACCACUGAUUUGUGGACAUCUAAUCAAACAUUAUCGUAUAUGUGUUUGGUUGCACACUACAUAGAUAGUGAUUGGAAAAUGCAAUAUCGUGUGCUGAAUUUUUUUGAGUUAGAUCCUCCACACAAAGGACCUGUGAUAGGACAAGCUACAUAUGAUUGUGUUGCUGCAUGGAAAAUAGAGGAUAAGAUUAUAUCCUUGACUCUAGAUAAUGCUGCAAACAAUGAUGGUGCUAUCCGUGGUUUGAGGGCUAGGUUUGCAGCUAGACAGGGUUAUGCCUUCAAUGCAAAAUACUUCCAUCUUCCUUGA